CGGUGUGUCGCAGUGCACAUACGAAAGAAAAAGGGAAGCCACUGAUGUUAAACCCACGAACAAACAAGCAUACCUGCCGUGGAAUCUCUUAGUUGUUUCCAGUUUUACAGAGGACAGUGAGACCUAGGGAAGGUGUGAGGACCCAGAGCUACAGCGAGCCGGCGGUCAGAAGGGCACCAAUGGAUGAGGAGAGCCCAGACAGGGGCAGCUAUAUCCCACCUCUGCUAACUGUGGCUCCUGCAACACGAGAGGGAUGCAGGGCCGCCACAGCUGGCGGGAAACGCAGCAACCAAAUUUUCUCGCUAUGAUUUUGCAUGAGCUGGUGGUUGAAGGACAGAAGCGAGGUCUGGGUUCAGUGCUGCUGUUUGCCAAACAAUGGCAUGGCCUUCACGCUACAGGAACGACAGAUGCUUGGGUUGCAAGGACUUCUACCUCCUAAAAUAGAGACACAAGACAUUCAAGCCUUACGCUUCCAUAAGAAUUUGGCAAAAAUGAAUGACCCCCUGGAAAAGUAUAUCUACAUAAUGGGAAUCCAAGAGAGAAAUGAAAAAUUAUUCUAUAGGGUAUUACAAGAUGAUAUUGAGCGGUUAAUGCCCAUUGUAUAUACACCAACAGUAGGCCUUGCCUGCUCCCAGUAUGGACACAUCUUCAGGCGACCAAAAGGAUUAUUUAUUUCUAUCUCAGACAGAGGUCAUAUAAGAUCAAUUGUGAACAACUGGCCAGAGAAUGACGUUAAGGCCGUUGUUGUCACGGACGGAGAAAGAAUACUGGGUCUUGGAGACCUAGGUGUCUAUGGAAUGGGAAUUCCAGUAGGAAAACUGUGUCUGUAUACGGCGUGUGCAGGUAUACAUCCAGAUAAAUGCUUGCCUGUAUGUAUCGACGUUGGAACUGAUAAUACAACACUCUUAAAAGACCCAUUUUAUAUGGGCCUGUACCAAAAAAGGGAUCGCUCGCAGGUCUAUGAUGACCUAAUUGAUGAAUUUAUGGAAGCCAUUACAGACAGGUAUGGCCAGAACACGCUUAUCCAGUUUGAAGACUUCGGAAAUCACAAUGCUUUUCGUUUUUUGAGAAAAUACAGAGAGAAAUACUGUACCUUCAAUGAUGAUAUUCAAGGAACAGCUUCAGUGGCCUUAGCAGGACUGUUGGCAGCACAGAGAGCCACUGGUAAACCAAUUGCAGAGCAGAAAGUGCUGUUCCUAGGAGCAGGAGAGGCUGCCCUGGGAAUUGCAAACCUCAUAGUUAUGGCUAUGAUGGAAAGCGGUAUUUCUGCUGAGGAAGCCUACAAGAAAAUAUGGAUGUUUGACAAAUAUGGUUUGCUGAUUCAGGGCCGAGAACACACAGUAGAUUCCAAUCAAGAACCAUUUACGCACCAGGCUCCAGAGAAGAUACCAAAGACAUUUGUAGAGGCAGUGAAUGUACUUCAGCCUUCAGCUAUCAUUGGGGUUGCAGGAGCUGGACGGCUUUUCUCGCAUGACGUGAUCAAAGCGAUGGGCUCUAUCAACGAGCGACCCAUCAUAUUUGCACUGAGUAACCCCACAGUGAAAGCUGAAUGCACGGCAGAGGAAGCAUAUACGUUAACAGAGGGACGAUGCUUGUUUGCCAGUGGCAGUCCCUUCGACCUGGUGACCUUGAAGGAUGGACGAACCUUCAAAGCAGGCCAGGGAAACAAUGCUUAUAUUUUUCCAGGCGUGGCUCUCGCUGUGGUCCUCAGCAGUGUUCGACAUAUUAGUGAUAAGGUUUUCCUAGAGGCUGCUAAGGCAUUGACAGAACAAUUGACUGAUGAAGAACUUGCACAGGGAAGACUUUAUCCUCCACUGUCUAAUAUCAGGGAAGUUUCUAUUUAUAUUGCUGUCAAGGUUAUGGAAUUUUUGUACACGAACAACAUGGCUUUCCACUAUCCUGAACCUGCAGACAAGAACCGUUACAUUCGAUCAAAAGUUUGGACCUAUGAGUAUGAGUCCUUCAUGCCAGAUGUGUAUGACUGGCCUGAGUCCAAGGUACACUGAUGCACCGGAAGAUACACUCCUCAGACAGCAUCUUCUACUCUGCAGGGAUCCCCUUUUCAGACCAAUUUAAAUCGUGACUUUUGAGACUUGUAAUUUAUUUUCUCUCAUUUUGUUGUCUGUUUGCCUCUCCCUUGUUUUUGAUUUGACAUAGAUUUCUCCCCAUCUUCCCAAGUAUCUGAUGAACCAUAUGGGUGAUAGCAUCCGUCACAUAACUGAUAGAGCUCUCUCAAAUUAAUUUGAAUAAUGAUGUUGCAUUUCUACCGUAGAGCCCUCACCGCACUAAAGAAUUCCAAUAAUGAUGUUUUAGCUGCAUGCAUAUUUUAAUGAAUUAUAGCACUCUCCUCACUGCUGAUUUGCAGAAUCAUUUAUUUCUGCUUUUAAUAAUCAGCCUUCUGUCUAAUUCUCCUGGUAUUGUCACACUGCAUCAUUUGUGACAUUGUAAGAGAAUUUGUCAAGAAAAAAUAAGGACGUCUUAAGACAAAUCCAACAGUCUAAUGGGCUGUUUGGUCUGAUGAUUAAAGAGGCGUGUGUCCGGAGUUCCUUGCUUCAUUGGCUACUCUGUUUUUCAAAUGUGCUUUGAGGAGCAGUGUGAUGUGCACGUGUAGAAUCUGCAGCAAUAUUUGUAUUCUGAAUUUUCAUCACUGUGUGAAAUCUUUUAUUAGGAGAAAUAUGAACUAGUUAAAAUAUAUUCUUGGAAAGUCUGAAAAUUAAUAUUAAUCACUUGCUGACUUUAAAAAACAAAGCUAUGCUAUAUCCUGUAAAGCAUAAAUUAUCCUAUAAAUCCUAUAAAUUAUAUCCUAUAAAGGCAGACUCUGAAGUAAUCUACAGAAAUCUUUUAGAGGAACAUCUGUGGUAGACUCCAAGGUGAUGUGAAACAAAAGUCCUUGGGCACUUGUUAAUUUUUUUCAGGUUCUGUUUCCUUUAAGUAAAUCAGCAAGAUCGUUUUCUCCCUUUAGUUUGCAUAACUUUGUUUUCACAGAAGGACUUGCUUUUAAUGUUUUUAUGAUACCUCUGACUUGAAGGGCUCCUAAAUGGACUUAGUUGCCACUUUGAACAAAAGACUCCUCCCCACAAGCUUUUGAAGCUAAACCCGGAGGUGUUACAGGCAGCUGUUGACACGCACAUGUACAGAAGUUUGACUGAAUGUUUCUUGUGAUCUCGGUUCGGCAUACUCCUAGUUUGAAAACAGUAAAUAGGAGACUUGAAAGAUCGAAUGCUUAGAAAUUGUAAGUUGAUCACUUGAGCCUCCCUCUCCCUGUGCAGGUUUAAUUUCUCGGGUGUUUUGUAUGAAGACAAAAAUUGCUAGUGUAAUUUUGGCUCUAUUUCCUCACAGUGAUAGUACUACACAUUUGAUACCAAUAUCACAAUGUGCAUUGUUUUUCAUUUUGUUCACAUCUGCUUUCGAUGCCCUUCGUUACUUUAUAUUAGUGUGCAACAACAAAUUUUCCUAGCGGCAGUCUGUGACUUCUCUAAAUCUAGUCUCUAUAAAAGACGAUGGUAUGUCAGGAACAGAAGUGAAGAUGAUAUGCCCUCUCGUCCUUUGCUGCGUAAAGACAAAAACCUGACAAAAAUGAAUAAAUACAUAUUGAAAAAGUUGUACUGGCAAAAAAAAAAUAGGUUUAAAACCUGACGCCAUAAACCAAAGAGAUGAAGUAAAUCUUGCUCAGAAUUUACCCAUGGCAGGCAUAUGCCUUGUGCCCUUUAUUUACAUUGGAAAAUGCAAUCUCUUCUGAAGUAUGUAAAGUAUGGCCAGCACAGAACAGGAAACACAGACUUCGUACCCCCUUAAAAAGACACCGGCUCUUGCUUAUUGCCUAGUCUCUGAUUUUAAUAUAAAAAAGUAUUAGGGAAAAAAGACAGUAAACUUUUGGAAGAUUUCACCUGAGCAAGGAAAGAAGACUGAUUAUACGAACCCAGAAAGCAGUGAUGUGAGGGAAAAACAAACAUAUUCAAAAUGGUGAAGAGCUGUCUUGUGGGGCUCUAGAUGCUGCAUUGCCAAGUUGUGUGAUUUUAUGUGGUUUGCAACGUAUAUAUAAGUAUAUAUACAGAAGAAAAGACCAACACACACACAAUGUUUUUACAAAGAAUUUUUUUCAUCUAUUUUUGCUAUGCUUAGUUUUUAGUAUAUUUAAAUAUAUGAUCUUACUAAAAAUUAUUUAUUUAGUGUACAAAUUAUUUUUACCUUCUGAAAAUUCAACUCUUGCUGAAGCACGGACUGAAAGCCUGUUGUAGUGCGUCAGUGAGGUUCUGCAUCGUUGUAUUAAAGCCUAUCAGCCAACGCACGCUUCCUCGCCUCUGGCAAAAUCCUAAUUACGUAGAGGAGUAACAGAUACCCCAUGCACUGAUCCUGAGUGCUGGCUAAGACUGACUGCAGAGGCAGGGCAGUCAGUAAAUGCAGCUCCGUGUUGCAAAAUAAAGAUCUACAUCCAUCUACUGAGCCUGAUCCUUUUUCAGGCAGCGAGCGCAGCCAUCGUUUAUAAUGAAAGGGCACUGACGGUACUCAGGGUUUCAGAACAUCUGCACUUGGGAAAAUAAUAUUCCCCGCUUGCAACAGGAGUCCUGUGUGGGGCGAGAGUGGUUUCGGUUCCCAGAGGAAGCCACCAAACAGGCAGCUGGCAGUGGCUUGUGUCAAGGACUGGGAAGAUGCCUGUUUUGUGAAAUGCCGUUCUUUCUCCUCCUGGCGUGGGUUGCCUGCUGUCCUCUCUACGCAGAGGCCAACAGACGCUGUUCAGAACUAGCUGAUAGCGGGAUUUUCCUAGCUAUAAGCGUUACUAGAUAAUUUUUAUGUAAUCCCACUGCAUAGGUGAGGAGAAACUCCUCAUGUUUUUACUGUAUCUUUGACUGUGAGGCUCCGUGACAGUCACCUCACGAUGUGGCUGUAGAUGUUCCCGAGGUCUGGAGUAGCACAGUCCUCACUGUGUCUCCCUAAUCCGUCCCAGUUACAUCAGCUGAGAGGUCCCAGUAGGCUUCGUCUGCACGCACAUCUGUCUCCAGCAUGUAGCAGGCUCUGUUGGUCAUCUAUAGCUUGAAAUAGUGACACUGUAGGAUUUUUGCCUUCAACUUACAGCCGUUGUUUUCCGUUUGCAACAGGUAGCGUCAGCUCACAAACGUCUGAGUGUGUCACUCUUCCAUCUUUUUCAGAGUAUUUUUAAGUACAUAGAUUCAUCUUCAGCUUUGAUGAACUCUUCAAAUCUAAUAAAUCUUUGAAUCAAUUAGCUAGCUGUUAAUUGACAGUUAACUAACUAACUAACUAACUAACUGCUCAUCUUGCCACUUAGGAAGGAUCCCUUUUCAUAUUCUACUUAAGCUGAUAUUUUUUUCUUUGCAGGCUUUAUCAAAAGCAUUUAUUAGUCUGUAUCAGUACAGAAAAUUUUCUCAGGCAGCAUGCAAAAGCAAAGAGCUUUCACCAGGAUGCAUUUUGUAACGCUACAUAGAGUAAGUUAAGCUUAUAUAGGUUUUUGAAAAUGUUUGCCUAAACGACGACUAGUGUUGUAGCUCUUCACACAGCCCUAGUGACUUUUGCCCUCUGAAUGGUAUAGAAAUGUCUGUCAUGUCUCUUCUGUUAGGAUGCUAUUCUGGAGGUACAGAACACUUCAGAGAAAAUACUAAGCAUCAAAAACUCCUAUAAAAGUCAGCAGAGCUGAGGAUGCUUAGUCUUUUUCAGGAUUCAUCCAAGACUUGCUUCCUUAAAAUCAGCUGGAGCAAGACUGGGUCUUUUGACAGCAACGUACAGAGACAUCUAGGUGAGGAGAAGCAGAAGGUCUUUAAAAAGAAAAGCAGCUAAGGGAGCAUAACCUCACUUAUGAAAUAUGCAUGUUCUCCUUCAAAGAUUACAGAGGUUUGUGUAUUCCAAGCGUAUGCCAGUGUGCCAACAGCUGACACACAGAGGAAGACUAUUAAAAUAUAGUGUCUGAUAUAUUUAAAACCAAAAGUGUGACUUGCCACAUAAGUUGUUCUUGGAUAUGUUAGUUAAUGGUGAUGUUUCAUGAUGCUGUGUUUGUUUUCCAAGCUUAAAAUGAAGUGAUGCUUUACAUGCAGAUCACUGUUUAACAGGUUUCCCUGCGGUAGGUGUAUGUGUUCUCUGUACUGUUUUUUCCAGCACGUUGUUUUGCAGGAGGGGGUGAAGUAAUCCUAUGUCACGCUCUUCUGGUAGAAACUGUAAGUAAGGGACGAAGACAGUAUACCUUGUGUUUUUUUCACUAGCAGCCCUGUUUAGUGAAUACUCCUGUAGGAGAACUGGGAUCAGUACUGUUGUGUAGCUACAACUUUGAAUUUUAGUUCAGCUGACUCUGGAUUUAAUUAAAAUUCAAGUUGUCAUCUUUCAUUUGGGGUUUGCUGCAGCCUUCCUCGAUGUUAAAGGUGCAGAUGUUAGUCUCUCUGUGAUUUAGAUGAAGUAAUCAACCAACUUUCAGAUGGGGACAGUAAGAACAAAACAGUUUGGGCUUCAGUUCUCUCUUGGUUAUAAAUGCUAUUCUUGAAUUUAAGAAGAAAACCACUGUCAUUUUAGGACUUUUUUAAAGUUGAUGCUCACUGUUGCAAAGCGUACUGCUAUCCUGUUUUGUAGCAAAUGUACGUAAUAUGCAAGGACUGGUAUCGUGUUGAAUACUAGAGCAAGGAGAAAAUCUAGAGCAAAGCUCUAGUUACACCCACUUGGCAGCUGAAUUUAAUUAAUGCAAUUCAGUUGCCUCUGGUGAAGGGACAUCUAAUUCUGUAUGUAUCUACCUUGACCUUCCUACCUACCUGUGAAAUAUGAUGUUACCGUGGUAUCAGAAAGUCUGCAGAUGUUCUCGGUGGAACACGAAGCAAACUCGACACACUUUAGGCCUCUGCUUCCCGUCAUCGCCUCCCCGAAGCGCAGCACUCGGUGACGAUACAGCUUGCUCGUGCCUGCUCCAGAGGGAUGUGUGCUAACAGCCAGGUCGCACGCGGAGAAUUCGGUAUCGUGUGGUGUAGUGAACCACGGCUAGAACUCAUUAAAACCUCUCUUGGGUCAGGUGUUCGACUUGCCGGCACUCCGAGAGCUCUCUGCAUGGUGUGCACAUACACUCCGCACGCGCAAAAUGGGCACUGGACUGAACUGAACGUAACCCUCCGAGUACCUCAGGCUUGGACUCACCUAUCUUUUAAAUAGCUCCUUUUUAUUAAAAACAGAAAUAACAAUGCUUUUCAGACUACGCAAACAUAGCAAGUUUGUCAUUUUUUUCAGGAAAUAGAGUAGCAAAAUAAUUUCUGUCUUAAGCACAUCUGUCUUACCCAAGUAAAAGUAACUCUGUAUUGCAAUGCUUGUGAGAACAAUUCCAGUCUAAUCUGUUGAGGGUUGACUUAAUCUAGGAGGGUCAUUGCUCAGCUGAAACUAAAAUUGUAUUUAAAUGUGAACUUGUUUUAUUUCUUCUUUAUAAUAUUGUAAUUGUUGAAAUGUAUGUUCUGGUCUUCUAUUUUCUUAGUAAAAUGCAUUCUCUUUGCCUAAAUGA